AUGAACCGGACAGCACAACUGAACCAAGCCAGCAUAAUUCAUUCCGGACGCUUAUUGGUCCGAUUCGACGGAUAUUCAUAUAGCUAUGAUCCAAUCAUUGAAACCAAUGGAGACCAGCCCCAUAGUUCAGGUGUCUAUGAACAGUUCAAGCCAUACAAUGCCAUAUUAAUGUCCGAUCGAACGUUAGAACUGGAAUCCUGUUCUGGGCACCGACUGAAACAGCCACUUCACAGUCUGUCUCAGACUGUCUCCGACGGCCUUCAAGGAGAUCGCAUAUCCGUAUUGUGUUAUGAAAUUCUACAUGCCCAAUUGAUGAAUUCGCACACAUUCGCUUUGGAUGUGAUCAGCUCGAACGACAUGGAUCAAGUGUAUAUCGAGCGCGUUGUUUGUCAUGCACCACAAAGUAAAAAAUCAAAGCAAUGGUUUGAGAUGAUCACACAUCUACUGACCGGUAUUCCUCUCCAGCAGAAGACAUCCGGACAGGGUUUGAUUGUCAAUGUUCCAAUUCAACUGACAAUUGCUGAGAGGACAAACAGUUCGGAUGAAGAUGGACAGUCAAACAGUUCACGUUGUUUUCCACUUUCCAUCGAGCCGGCUCAUUUGGUUUUGAGUUCGAAAGAAAUUCAGUUGAAACGAUUCUGCUACGGUAGAGCGGUGAUUCGUCUAAAACUGGACGAAGUGCUAAUCAGAAGAAACCGAUCGCAAAAUGCAAUCGCACCAAACACUUUGUUGCUUCUUAGCUCAUCGAAAGAAUACACAUGUCAAACUGCUGAUCCAGUACAACAUUUAGUGAUCUCAACAAUGCUGGAAUUAUGGAUGCGUUUGUACAAACUGGGACUAUCCCGAAACAAUGGCAAAAGGGACAAAGAGAGCCGAAAUGUGUUGGAAGGACGAAUUCUGAUCGGACCAAGUUUACAUCGUUUGGAUGAAGUACAAGUUUGUGUCCGUUCGGGGACCAAAGUUUUGGAAUGUCUAGACAUGUAUGGAACAUUCGAAAAACUUGAAAUUCUUCAUUCGGAUCUGAUUCCUUUUGCCGCACCAGAUUUCUAUGCAUGUCGUCUACUGGCCCGGCAAAUUCUGCCCGAUUACGAGGCUGAUCAUAUGCGUCAACUAUUUAUUCGUGCCCCGUCACGACAUGUGCUGUACAAAUGGCAUCAGUAUUUCAAUCUGUCUCCGAUCGCUGUUCUAUCUAUCCUGAAUGUGAUUGUAACCGAGCUGGAAUCGCGACAUCAUCUUAUUCAAGGCCGAAUUCGACUAAAUCGAGGUGAUGAUAUCUCCUACGAGCAUCAGCUGGAUCCGAAACAUGGAUUAAAACUAUUCCAUCUGACAUCGAGUCAGAUCGCGACCACUCUCAGCACCCGAUCACAGUGGCCAAAUAGUCGAGUGGAACAGCUUUUACUGUUGUUGCUCAGCAGUUCCGCUCAUCCUAUCAUCAAGAUCGAACGUCAGUCGACGAUAGAGAAUUUGAUGUUAGCCAAAGGUUCGGAUCCAGUGCGCAUCAACCAGGACCUCCCGCAUCACAUGGCGAACAUAUUGAGACAGAUGACCACUUUCAGUUUGUGUGUAAUCAAUCGCCUCGCGUUGUACAUAACUGUCGGAUUGUAUAGGACCUAUCCAAAACUAGCUCAAAUGAGUCCGUUUGAACGGCUUUGUCUGAUGCAAAAACACUGGACACCGUUGGUUGAUUCGCUCUGUCACCGUGGCAAUCAGUACGGGCUGUCAAACAAACAAGAUCGUCGGACCAUGGCAAUCAGCUGUUUUGUGGCGGCUUAUCACUAUCUGUUGCACACAAUGAUGAUAAAACUGAUCAAAUGA